AAUGGCUCUUCAACUACCAAUUGAGUAAAGAAUUGAUAAAUCCUAUAUACAUUAUCAAGAGAAAAUUAUUAUUGAAUAUCUAAAGGAUGAAUGUGGCUUAUUACGUACUCCAUAAGGUGAGGAAAUCUUGAGGAAACUAAGACAAAUUUAAAUGGCGGUUGAUUAGCAAUUAAAAAAUAAAGUUGAGUUUUAAAAAUUGGAAAAAAAUUAAGAGAAAGAAGAUUUGUAAUAAUUACAACAUAAAUUGCAAGAGUUAAAAUAAAAGUAGAAAGAUGAAUUUGCAAUUCUAGGUGAUUUGCAAAGUUAAUUAAAACAAAAGGUACAAAAUACAAUAAAAAUAUAAAAAUUCAAAUAACUGCUACAUGAUAUAGAAAAUUAAGAUUGUAUAAGAUUGAAUUAUAUUUUAUAGUCAGAGAAAUUUUAGUUGAUGAUAAGACAAUUGAAGAAAGUUUAAAUGCUAUAUUCUUAGAACAUCUAACCAAAAAUUAGACAUUAAUAAAAGAAUAAGUAGAAUAGAUAAAGUAUGUUAAAGAAAUAUAUGAAUAACAAUAUCGUGAAUAAUAAUAAUUGAAAGAAAGACUUUAAUUGUUAUAAAAAGUUCAUGGAAAUGCAGCUUAAGAAAUUUGA